AUGUUUAUCAGCACACUUUCGACUAUGCUAUUAUUGCUCUUGAGCAAUUAAUCAGAAGGUUAAAAAGUUAGUAGUAUAUUUUAGCUAUGAUGGAUGCAACAAUGGAUUCAACAACCGACGCAGUUAUUAUUCUUGCUGUCUCUACAAUUUUGGGGAAAGAAAACUCCACUCCUAUAGGUUCCAUGGUGGGAGGCACAACAUUAUACAUGAAAGUAAUAAUAUCAUAUAACAAUAUUAGGUAUAAGGAUUAGAUUAAACAGCUAGUAAUAAUGCUGUAUAUAUUGGAAAGUAUCCUUGUGUUAUUUCUGAUAAGGGAGUCAACGGAUUGUUCAUGAACUGCAAAACAACAAAACCAGAUCCAGAUGACAAUAACUUAUCUAACUUAGAAAUUGUUGUUAAGGUAUCAGGUAAACCAGACUCUGUUUGUACAUUUAGUAGUGCAUAAUGCCAUUUCACAUACUCUUAACAUUAUACACCAAAAUUAUUUUAUGUGAGUCCAAGAUCAAAUUAUCCAAGAACACUAAGUUAUUGGAGAGCUAAGUGGGCAGUCUCUAGCUCAGUUGUUUAAUAAUUAGAAGGACAAUUUAUGGGAGCUAAUAGAUGUGACAGAUUUACAGUUUAAGAUUUGUAUCCAGAUGAAAUUAAUUUCUGGGAUGAUCAAGUUGUAUGCUANAAAUAUAAUUAAUCAUGA